AUGUUUUUCCUUCUUCUCCUUCUCGGAUUCAGUAGAAUUCAUAGUAAGUACCAUCAUAGAUAUCCACAUGUAUAUCAUCGUAAGAGUAUUCCCGAAUCUGAGCCCAAUCUUUUCGGCUGGCUUGGAAGAACUGUGGGCAAAAUCGUUGGAGGUGUCGGAUCAGCUAUCGGAAGUGUAGUUAAAGGUGUUACUCAUAAAGUUUCUUACUUUAUUUCCCAUUCAUCAGAGUCUAUCUAUGCACUCCCAUGUAAAAUUGUCCAAUUUGAUACGAAGACAGUUGAAAGAGAUUUCAAUACUAAUGAUAUCACUAGCAUUGCCAGAGAUAUUUCCAACGAUUUUAACCUCGAUUUCUCCAAAGUUCAAUCAUUUUUGACAAAAUCCAAGUUCAUGAUGACCAACAAGCAGCUUUUCAAUACUUUGAAAUUUGAUAAGCUCUCAGACAAAGAUCACAGAUCUGCUCAGUUAGCUAGCACAGUUAUCAAAGUUACAAAAUCUGGAAACUCUUAUGCUGCUAAAGCUCGCCAGAUUGGAACAACAGCCAGUAUUGAGGCAAACACUUUGAAGAAGUCAACAUCAACCCGCCUUUUCUGGUCAUCAUCCUCAUACUCUUCUUCAUGGCGUGCUUUGGACGGAAAUGUGAUUACAAAUAUUUUCAAUUCCUGCCAAGGCCAAAUUGCUGGCAAGCUUAAUGACUACAGAAAUAUUUAA